CCAUGGGAGCAAGACUCGACCCAGUAUAAAGAAAGAAGAGUGGCGGGCCAGCUUCUGGUCCAACCAUCUUAGGAAAACAAGCCCAAGACGUGCCCAAUUUCUGAGGGGAAGUCGUCCAUGGACUAGGGAGGGAGCCCAACCCACGAAGAAAAGUAGUGGCGGCCCCUACUGUAACCAACCCUAAUUUGCCCGUGAAACUUCUUCAACAAGCUACUUCAUCCAGAAGUUUAUGGAAUCCGACUUCAAGUCCGAUAAGGAAAUAUUUGGCCGCGCUUAGGAGAAGAAAACACUUUGUCCCCCCUCUCUCUUGUACUAUAAAUAUGUUCUUAGACUUUAGGGGUCGUUUGCUUGUUGGAUUUUGGAUCAUGGAUUUGGUACCCAAAUCCCAAGCUUGAUGGAUUUAACAUAAGUCCAUUGUUUGUUGAAGGGUGCUAAAUCCGCGGGGUCCACAAAUUUGGUCUUUAUUUUGGAACCAAAUCUGUGGACCCCACGGACUUGUAAGUCCCACAUAUUGAUUUGGGAUUUGCAAAUCCUUGAUGGUUAGUUAUUUAUUUAACAAAUCCACCACAAAUUCAUCAUCAAAUCUAUCAUGCAAACAUUAGACUCUUCAAAUCCAUAAUCCAAUAGAUCCAACAUAAAUCCCAAGUUUUUAUUGGCCAAAACCCUCAUUUUUCAAAUCCAACAAGCAAACGACCCCUAAGAAUGUACAUUUUUACAACUAAGAACCGUUGAAGCUCUGUUGGAGUGAGGAGAGAAUGACUCAUUUUUUUGUCUGAUCCUUCUCAUUCUUGCAUGGCCAGCUAACUCUUUUAUUGUUUGGGGGUGUUGAUUCGAUGAUGUGAUGUACUAUUUUCGAUGAGUUGAUGAGAUGCCCUAAAGCAUCGAUGGUCCCUUCUUUUAGCGUCGAUGGUUUAGUUCUUUAUAUGCUUGGUAUCUUGUUAUGGUGCAAUACUAUGUGUAUUGAUUAUACUAAAAACAUGAAAACUAAUCUCAUGCAGUAGCCAUCAUUGCUAGGCGUGUAUCCUAGGGGGAAGUACAUCCCUAGCACUUGAAUAAUAAUGAUGCUUGUUGCCUAAAGAUGCCCAAUACUAUAUACCGUCAUUAUAGUUCGUAAAAGCCCAUAAUCAACGAUAUGAUAUCGUUUACUUCCCUUAUCUUCAUUAAUUAGUCGGUGGCAUGAAGCGAAAAUUCCUAUUAGCGCAUGCACGAGUAAAGAGAUAUCUUGUUAAGAAAAGAAAGAAUAUAUCAUAAUAUGGUGAAUACAAAUGGUAACACAUAGAAUGUUAGCUCCUCCUAUCUCAUCCUUUAACCUUAGGAGUAGUUAGAAGCACGUAAUCCAUUCUUCUUGAUUACGGUAAAGUAUGAGCUACUGGGAAGACGGAAAAAAAGUUGUGUAAUUGACACUUUCAUAAUUUAAUAACAAUAAAAUAUAAUAAAAAAAUAUUGAAGUCAAGAGAUAGUUAUGCUUAUGUAGAUGCCUCUAGCAGCACAGCACAUUUAAUAAUUUAUACAUCUCCCACCCUCCCCUCACAGCUUACCCUAUUAUUACUCAGUACUCACCAAAGCAAAGCUAGGAGAAAGGAGAGAGAGAAUCUAAGGUGUGGUGUUGCCAGCUAUGAAGUUGAAGGAUCAAAGCUUUCUCUGAGGUCAAAGCUGGCACAUUUCUCUCUUUUUUUUUCUUUUCUUUCUUCCGUCUUCUGAAUUAACUAUUCCCCAUUUUCCAUUAUUCGUUCCUCCUCCUACUCAUUCAUUCAUUCUCCUCUACUGCUGCCUGCCAUCUCAUCUCCCCCCCACCUCCUCUCCUAUUUACAUUCUGAAAAUCGCCAGCCAGAGAGAGAGAGAGAGCUCAAAUCACCUCCCCAUUUCCCCCCUCUCUCUUAUAUAUCCCCUCCCCCACUUUAAUUUCUCAACCCCCAAAAUGCCUCUUCUGCUUUGAAGAGAGAAAACAGACAGAGAGAGAGAGAGAGAAGAAAAAGGAGCAGAAGAAACCAAUCCAGAGCUACCAAGCGGAAAACAAUGGCGACUUCUCCUUCCCACGCUGGCCCUGAGAAGAAGCACUGGUGGCUCACCAAUCGAAAGAUCGUGGACAAGUAUGUUAAGGAUGCGAGGAGCUUGAUUGCGAGCCAAGAGCAGGGCGAUGUCGCAUCCGCAUUGAACUUGCUGGACUCGGCGCUCUCGCUCUCGCCGCGAUUCGAGCCGGCGCUGGAGCUGAAGGCGAGAUCCUUGCUCUACCUCAGGCGAUUCAAGGAUGUUGCGGAUUUGCUACAGGACUACAUCCCCAGCUACAAAAUCGCAGCCGACGAAUCUUCUUCCUCUUCCUCCUCUUCUUCUUCUUCUUCGUCUACAUCUUCCUCCGAUAGCUCGUCCCAGCAGCUCUCCAGAGAGCGCACGAAGCUCCUCACUCAUUCGGAAAAUUCCUCAUCGGAUCUGCCCGGCGAUCGGGAUCCGAGCUUCAAGUGCUUCUCCGUCUCCGAUUUGAAGAAGAAGGUCAUGGCGGGGCUCUGUAAAAACUGCGACAAGGAAGGGCAAUGGAGAUAUUUGGUAUUGGGCCAAGCCUGCUGCCAUUUGGGCCUAAUGGAAGACGCUAUGGUCCUCCUCCAAACCGGGAAACGCCUCUCCACCGUCGCAUUCCGGCGCCAGAGCAUCUCCUGGUCCGACGACAGCUUCUCCCUCCCUAACUUCCCCUGCGACUCCACGGCCCCGCCCACUCCGCCGCGGUCCCUGGCCGAAUCGGACAACAAAAUCACCCACCUCCUCUCCCACAUCAAGCUCCUCCUCCGCCGUCGCGCGGCCGCCAUCGCCGCCCUAGACGCCGGUCUCUACGCCGAAGCCAUCCGCCACUUCUCCAAGAUCGUUGACGGCCGGCGGGGAGCGCCGCAGGGGUUCCUCGCCGAGUGCUACAUGCACAGGGCGUUCGCCUACAAAUCCUGCGGCCGGAUCGCCGAGGCGAUCGCCGAUUGCAACAAGACUCUGGCCCUCGAUCCGUCCUCGAUUCAGGCUCUGGAGACCAGAGCCUCGCUCUUCGAGACCAUCCGCUGCCUGCCGGACUGCCUACACGAUCUGGAGCACAUGAAGCUGCUGUACAAUUCGAUCCUCCGUGACCGGAAGCUCCCCGGUCCUGCGUGGAAGCGGCAGAACGUGAGGUACAGGGAGAUUCCGGGGAAGCUCUGCGCGCUGAGCACCAAAAUUCAGGGGCUGAAACAGAGAGUUGCCGCCGGUGAGACCGGAAAUGUGGAUUACUACUCCUUGAUUGGAUUGAGGAGGGGAUGCUCGAGAUCCGAGCUGGAGCGAGCUCAUCUGCUGCUCUGCUUGCGGCACAAGCCGGAUAAGGCGACGAAUUUCGUGGAUCGGUGCGAGAUCGCCGACGAGCGCGAUCUGGAUUCGGUUAAAGAUCGGGCCAAGAUGUCCGCGCUGUUGCUCUACAGAUUGAUACAGAGGGGUCACUCUAGCCUGAUGAAGAACAUUCUGGAUGAGGAGGCUGCCGAGAAGCAGAGGAAGAAGGAUGCUGCCGCGGCGGCGGCAGCAAUGCAGGUUCAAUCCGCGGAUUGUCAGACUGCGACGUCGUCCGGGAGCGUGGACCCGGCGGUGUUCCAAGGAGUGUUCUGCCGGGACCUUGCGGUGGUCGGAAGCCUGCUGUCUCAAGUCGGGUUUAACCGCCCGAUUCCGGUCAAAUACGAGGCGCUGAGCUGCUGAUUUGGAUUAGGAGAAGUGGAAAAUGGGAAUCUCUGGUUCAUAUUUUUGUGCAAAAAAAAAAAAAAAAAUUAUAAGUUAGCAGCAGCAUUGCAGCAAAAUACAUUAUUACAGUGUUGUUCUUUUCACCGCCGGGGAAAUUUUGUCGAUCAUCACCACGUUCUCGCGUUAUCUCUUCUUUUUUUUGCUAUCUUUAUUGAUGCACUGCUACUGCUUGAGGAAUCCUUAUCACCUCUACUGCGCUGCUUCAAUUAUUAUUGUGUACAGAAUCUUUCGCUUUCUACACUACAGUACCCCCUAUUUUUUGCCCCUCUCUUGGAUUCCUAGCUCGUUUUGGAGUUUACCGCCCUUUCUAACCUUUUCAAACUUGGACAUUUUUUUAACACCGGUCAGGUACUGUGCUUUAUCAAAACACCAUUAUUAAAUAGUAAUCAUUGUAAUACAUCUCCAAAAACGUAUCCAAACCAGUUUGGGGUUUUAGUUUUUAUCUAGUUUGGGUUUAGCUCUAUAAUAAAUAAGUCAAGUUUAAGUUCAUUUUGUUUAUUAAAAUAUUAAUUUGUUCUUUUUUACUCGAGUUCGACUCGAAUUCUGCUCAUUUAUGAACUCGUGAGUUGUUCUUUGGCUAAUCAAUUAGCUCGUGAGUUCGACUUGAGCAUUGUAGGAGUCACCUUGCAAGAGGUUCGGGAUUAGAAUACAAAAAAGUAAACAAUAUUUGUACAGAGUCCAUAAUACACAAACUCAACACCUCAACUCCACUAGUUUUACUUGUCUACCAACAAAUGUAGAUAACUUCGUGGCACACAUUACCCCUUGCAUGUUAUGCAAAUGACUCCAGAUUUCAUAUAAAAUCGUGUCUCUAAUUGUUUAUUCUAGGUUCACUAAUUCUUUAACUUAGUGUCGGAACUCUUCACUCUCAAACGAAAAAAAAUCGGUCGGCAAAUUAUGAAAAACCCGUCUUGGGUCAUUUAAAUAGUUUGGCUCGCUAGCUAUUUUGACGUAUGACGAGUAUCUCAUGAGUUGAGUCUAACAAGCCACCAAAUUGAGCGGACUCACGAGCCUCGUAAAUUGAAUAAAUAAGUAUUAACUCAAACUCGAUUCGCUUACUAAUGAAUCCAUAAUCAAACGUUGAGCUGGUGAAUAGCUCUUAUCACCUUGUAGUGGUAGUGAACAUGUCAAGUGGUAUAUAUAUGCACCAAAACCCUAUUCAAAAUAAUAACGGGGCCGGGGGAGAAGAAAGCAGUACAGAUUGGCGUGAGUUGAAAGGCGCAGCAGCAGGUGAAUUAAAUGUAGCCGUUUUUGCACAUAGUGUACCCUGACACCCUAUAAAAAUAAUAAUGAGAAAGGUGGUGUAUUGUAUAUCAAAAUAAUAGUAGUAGGAAAAUAGUGAAGUUAAUGGUGCGUGUUUAGUGGUUGGCAACUUAGCAAGCAAAGCCAAUGCCAAAGCCAAUUUGCUGGUUUCGAAAGCAAUUGUUUAUGAACGUGUGGCGAAAGAAAGGGUAAUGGAGUUUACCAGAGUUAAUUGUUUAGUUGUUUAUUUAUUUAUGAUAUCGAAGAUUAUAGUGAUAUAUAAUAACCUAAUACAUGUCACGAAUUUUCACGAGUGAACCCAUUUAUUGAUUUGAAAAAUCUUAGCAUGACGUUGUCUGAAUUUUUUAAUUUUUAACCUUUUGACAUACUACUAAAUGGGUCUGGAGGAGAGGUGAGUUCCGAGAUCCACCUCUACUUCGUACCCGCUUUAAUUUUGGCAUAAAUUCAAAAAAAAAAAAAAUAUGAGAAAUAAUAUACAAAAUCAUUUGUGAAUUUGAAUAAAUAGUUUGUAACAAAUAGAUGUUUAGAAC